UGCCAUAACACCGUGUACGUCGGGCGAGCACCAGACGCGUGUUUCACUUUUCCGCGAGAGCGCAGAGGGGCUCGCUUAAUACGCGUUGGGGGAAAGCGGACUAUAAAGACGGUGAUACCUUGGGGGGAAGCAUCCAGUAAAGUCUGGACUUUAACUAGAUCGUGAGAGACCUGGUAGACAUGAGAAUUUUGUUUCUCACGCUAUUAACGGGGCUGCUAGCCUUGGCCGUGUGCGAGGAGAAGCAGAUUGCAACUAAGAAAAUUGCGUCAAGCGAAAAUGCCGAAGGCACGGAGAAGAAACAGGAUAAGCGCGGGUUGAGUCACAUCGAGGGAGAUUACGGGGGACAGGACGAGGGCGGUUAUGGCGGCGGCGGUUAUGGCGGUGGCGAUUACGGCGGCGGCGAUUACGGCGGCGGGGGCGGUUUUGAAGGAGGUCACGAUAUCGGCGGUGGAGACAUCGGCGGUGGAGAUAUCGGCGGAGGUCACGAUAUCGGUGGAUAUGGCGGUGGUUAUGGCGGUGGUUAUGGCGGUGGUUAUGGCGGUGGUGGUGGCGGCGGGGGCGACGACGGUGGCAAAAUCAAACAGAUCACGAUUGUGAAGACCGAAAAGGUACCUUAUCCAGUUGAAAAGAAGGUUCAUUAUCCGGUGGAGAAGGAAGUACCGUAUCCUGUAAAAGUACCGGUACCGCAGCCGUAUCCCGUCGAGAAGAAGAUACCGGUACCGGUAAAGGUAUUCGUGAAGGUGCCAAUUCAUAUACCGCAACCGUAUCCCGUCGAAAAGAAGGUGCCCUAUCCUGUGCACGUACCGGUAGAGAGACCAGUGCCCUACAAAGUAUACGUGCCCCAACCGUAUCCGGUAGAGAAGAAAAUACCGUAUCCAGUGAAGGUACCAGUGCCACAGCCAUUUCCGGUGGAAAAGCCCGUACCGUAUACCGUAAAGGUCCCGGUACACGUGCCGCAACCCUUCCCCGUGGAGAAGCCGAUACCGUAUCCGGUGACAGUGCCCGUCGAUCGACCUUAUCCAGUACACAUAGUUAAACCGUAUCCGGUUCCCGUCGAGAAGCCGGUGCCCGUUCCGGUAGAAAAGAAGGUACCCUAUCCGGUCAAAGUGCCCGUAGAGCGACCGGUGGCUGUACCUGUGGAGAAGCCCGUGCCCGUUCACGUUAAGGUACCAAUACCGGCGCCGUAUCCGGUGGAGAAACCGGUACCCGUCCCGUUCGAGAAACCUGUGCCCUACGCCGUAAAAGUGCCUUACGAUCGACCCGUGCCAGUUCAUGUAACGAAGCAGGUGCCUGUGACGGUCCCCAAGGCGGUACCGUAUCCCGUAAAAGUGCCGGUGGCAGUACCAGUGCACGAUCACGGUUCUUCCGGGGGUGAUUAUGAGUCCAGCUUCGGGGGACACUCGGGAUAUUAGUAAAAAGCGUGACAGUGGAGGAUUUUUCGAUCGUUUCAGAGAAAAAUUAAUACAUGAAAGAGGAAAAGAAAUACGUUACGACGAUAUAAAUAUCUGUCACUAAACAGAAUUUGUUAACUCGACUGAUCAACAUCUUGAUGAAAAUGUAUAUAUAGUG